UUGCAUACUGUUUGAAUCGCUAUUGAUUGAGCUUACAAUAAUUUGUUUUCGUUCAAUAAUUGGGGUUUCCGUUGAAGGAAGUGCGCCGGUAUCUUGUUCAAUUGUCAAAGUCUUGCUACACGUGCAAAGCCUUCGUGAUCGGGAAAAACCGGAAAGAGGGUAUUGCUGGAUUGCAGUCACGUUGUUUACUUGACCAACUAGCGCGGUGAAGUUGUUGUUAUUUCGAUUUUUAAAAUCAGAGAUAUUUUGAACCGGAAUUGAUCCUAUUCACAAAAGAUGAGUUGACAGGAAAUGCCAACCACGGAGCAGUUUCUCCAUGUGAGUGAGCCGAGUCGACGAAUCACGUUGCCAACCGCGGGAAGUCGUAAAGAGUGGGAAGGGUACGAGACACCUCUGCUUCAAUUUACGCGCGUUUUUCUGUGGAUUUUUUGUAUCUUAUAACAAUGAUGAAUGGAGAUUUGGGGCACUCUUCGGAACUUCACAUUUUGGAGCACAAGCUUCGCGUCUCCAACAUUAAGAAAGAUGCAAUUUCUUUAUACACUCACGCGCUAAUAAAAAUUUCGUUGCUACCUCGAUCAAGACCUAAGUUUUUCAGUUUUACGGAGACCAGAGAUGGUUACACCAUAAUCGUGGAGGAUGAUCUUUGCAAAGAGCUUCCACAAAGUGAGAGCAUUGACAUGCCUGACCUUAUCUGGCGAGUUCUGACUGUGUCUGCAGGAGCCUAUGGAAGCCAUCAGCUGACUGGAAUCAGUAGAAUUGUUAAAACAGUCAUUUCUCCCUUGGCAGAUUUUAAAAUCUCAGUUCUGGUCAUUUCAACUUAUCAGUCAGACUAUGUCUUGGUGAGAGAGAAAGAUCUUGAAACUGCCAUAAUGUGUCUUUCCGAAAAUUAUAAAAUUUUUAAAGACAGUGGAUCAGGACUUGAACCUGUGACUCUUUCUAUUAAGGAUAGAUUGGUUGGAAUGAACCAAAUGAAUGAAAGGAAAGCAGAUGAGCACAGACCAAUUAUUCACCCAUUCACAUGUCCAAUGAACAGAUUUCAUGUGACCAGUCUAGAUUUUCGAAUGCUACCAAGCCUCACUACCACCAUUCUUGAACUGAUGUUCUAUUCUGAAACACCUGAUGAUGGACGAUAUGAACCUUUCUUUCACAUCUCAAUUGUUGAAGGAGACAUUUCAUUAGUUUUAGACAGUGAGGCUUUGUCAAGAUUUCCUGAAGGUUCACUAUACACAAACACCAAUGAUGAGGGAUGGAAAAUGAUUCGUGUUGGAGAUGACCCCCUAGGAUUUGAGGAGAGUGGCAUAGUUGCUCAGUUAUCUGAACCAUUAACUGAAGCUUCAUGUAGCACUUUUUACAUCUGUACUUUCCUUUAUGAUCAUCUUUUGGUUCCUGAGAGUGAAGCUGUCAAGGCAAUAGAACUUCUUAGUUCUCUACAAGUAUUGAAGGAUUGAUGAGAAAUGUUAUUUUAUUGUUAAUUUAUUGUUCAUUUAGUUGAAUUGGAUAGAUUUUUAAUUGUGUGUCUUAAAUUCAUUCAUUAUUGUAAUUACAACUUAUUCUCGACAAGUUUAUUUAAUCAUCAUCAAUAUGGGUCAGGCGUAAUGAACUUCCAUUGUUUACGUUGCUGACAGUUCAUCAACACUUGCAUAUUAUACCUUUUGUGAUCACACCAAAGGUUUUUUUUAAUUUUGACCCUCUAACCCUUAGGGGCUGGUUUUUUACAGGAGGUAUAAUCCAAACUUAGUCUUUACGCAGGCAGUGGGCUUCAGGCUUUGUCUUUAAGAAGGUUGAUUUAAUUAAAUUAAUGUCCUUCUAUUGUAAGCUUUUGGCCAUCUAGACACUCUUUACAAAAAUUAAAUGUUCAGAUAAAAGGUUUGGCUAAAUUGAAGAUGGCAACUUCAGAUUGUCUAAAUAACCGACACUAGGAGUGGUCAGUGCCUAAUUUCUCCUUACAGUAAUAUUUACCCCUGAAUCAUUUAUCAGGAUCAUUAGAAUUUCUACGAAGGAAAUGAUUGCCAGCCUAAGAAUUUUAUUUGUUAACCCUUUAAUUCCCAGAUCAAAUUUGUAAUUCUCCUUUCUAUCAACCAUACAAUUCUUAUAACAUUAGCUUAGAGAAUUUAGUAUUAGAUCA